AUGACUGAAAGGUGUAUGCAGAUGUUCUUUCCGAUAAUUAUUCAAGACCACUGGGUGCUUCUUUGUGUUAGUAUGUUCAUGAAGCAAAUUGCCUUCUUUGACUCUCUAAGCGCCUCUAAGGAGAGCUCAUGUUUGAAGUGUGCCCAGAACUUGAUUCAGAAUUUUGCAGCCACCACACUGAAACAUGGGGUACUCAGAACUGAUGUGUCUCGUUUUGAGUGGAUCUACCCUGAGGGAUAUCCUAAACAAAAGAAUGUGUAUGACUGCGGGAUAUUUACAAUGGUUUAUAUGGAUGCAUGGGAUGGCAAGAAGAUUGUGGAUCCAUCACUUGUGAAAGAUUCGGUGCUAGACUUCAGGAAGCAUGCUGCUGCACUACUCCUUCGAUCAGAACACAAUGUGGUUAAGCUAGAUGAAUUUGUGAAGAUGUACAAUGCCAGGAAGACCUGA